GGCCGGCGGUAUGUGACGGAGCUUAUAGAGCUGUAUUGUGUUACUUUGGUAUUUAUGUCCUCAUUUUAAAACGGAGGGCGAUAUAUCUCGCCGGCAUGUGUGGCACAGAGUGUCCUGGAUAAGGAGCAAUACACUCUUGUUUCUCUCUUUGUUGAUGAUCAAUUCUGUAUCAUGUUCGCGUGUAAGGACAACUGGAACUUGUCUUUCGCGGGGUGCGGGUUUUUGGGGAUCUACCACAUCGGGGUGGCCAGCUGUCUCCUGGAACAAGCCCCGGAGCUCGUCCACGGGUCCGCGAGACUCUACGGAGCUUCGGCGGGAGCGCUGACCGCAGCUGUGCUCGCGAGCCGCGGCUCUAUAGCUGAGUGCUGUGAGGAGGUCAUCAGCUUGGCUCAGGAGGCGAGGAGUCGUAACCUUGGGCCGCUGCAUCCGUCCUUCAACCUGCUGAAGGUCAUGCGGUCGGGCCUGCAGCGCAACCUCCCUGACGACGCUCACACACUCGCGUCUGGCCGGCUGUGUGUGUCUCUCACACGCGUGUCGGACGGGAAGAACAUCCUCGUGUCGGACUUUAAUUCCAAAGAAGAGCUCAUCCAGGCUCUCAUAUGUAGCUGCUUUAUUCCCGUCUACUGUGGCCUGUUCCCGCCCAGCUUCCGUGGUGUGCGGUAUGUGGAUGGAGGCAUUAGUGAUAAUUUGCCCCAGGCGGGGCAAAAGAACACCAUCAGCAUCUCCCCGUUCUCUGGCGAGAGCGACAUCUGCCCCCGGGACGGUUCCAGCAGCUUCCACGAGCUGCGGCUCACCAACACCAGCAUCCAGAUGAACCUGCAGAACAUGUUCCGCAUCAGCAGGGCCCUGUUCCCCCCGGAACCCACCGUCUUGGCAGAGAUGUGUCAGAAUGGUUAUAAGGACGCCAUGCGCUUCCUUCAAGACAACAAUCUCCUGCGACGGGAUUGGCCGUCUGCUGGCCCCGCCUCCGUCGAUGACCCGUCAUCCUGGUGCUGCUCCUGCUCAGCUCAGAAGACCUCUGUUGUCACGGAAACAACCAAAGAGUGGAUGCUGCGCCGGCUGCAUCUCAUGAGAACAGCGCCCCCAUGCCCUGAGGAGGAGAAAGUGUCCGACCUGCCCACGCCCAUCAGGAGAGUGUUUUGUGAAGCAUGCAGGGGACGGCAGGGUUUGUAUGCACAGAUCUCAGAUCUCCUGCCCCUGCGGAUGGCCUCCUACAUGCUGCUGCCCUACACACUACCCAUCCAGUCUGCAUACUCAGCAGCACAGAGGUUUGUGGAGUGGAUCCCUGACGUCCCAGCAGAUGUGCGUUGGUUGGCUGAUGUAGCAGGAGCUGCAUACACACAAGUGUGGAGAGGAGCGGAGACACAGAGGGGCUCCUCAGCCACGGAGCCUCCACACAUGGAGCAAGAUGGACACCAUUCCCUCUCUUCGGGACUCCGUGGUUACGAUUGGAGCUUCACAAACAAGCCGCCACCCUCCAGCAGCCCCUGUCCCCCAAGCCCCGCCCCCACACAGACCUGCCCUUUUGGGAGUCCACAGGACUAGAGGAAUACAUACACACACACACACACACACUCACACACACAGGACUAGAGGAAUACAUACACACAUACACACACACACACACACACACACACACACACACACACACACUCACACACACAGGACUAGAGGAAUACAUACACACACACACACACACACACACACACACACACACACACACACACACACACACACACACACACACACAGGACUAGAGGAAAGUACACCGCAAUCCGCUAGAGUGUGAGACUGAAACACCAACGAUCGCUGGAGCACAAGACUGAAGAACGAAUCAGCGAUUUGCUAGAUAUUGAGACUGAGACACACACAGCAAUACCCUUAGAAAGGUAGAAGAACCAACCAGGACUAUGAAGAAGGAACCUUUAGUACCCUUAGAGAGUGUGAAGAACCAACCAGGACUAUGAAGAAGGAACGUUUAGGGCGAUUGAUGUUGAAUGUUUGAGUGAUUGACAAUCAAUAUUUAAAGGAAAACUAUGUAGGAUUGGCGAUUUCAUCGCUGGUUUUGCUUUCACUUUAGUUUUCGCUCGUUUUAUGCUUGCAUAUUUCUCUGCAGAGCUUCCCCUACAGCUUUAGCGUGUAUAUUUUACAAAACUCCUCAAUCGGUCAGUCUGCCGUGCCUUUUCAUGAGACUUCACAUGACACUUCCUGGAGUAGAGCAUGGGUGCGUGCCCGAGGACUCCUGAAGUUGCAAGCGUGGUUCUACCGCUACAGACCACUAGGGCGGGCGAAAAAAAACAUUGUUCGACCAGUAAUGACUCAUUUAAUCAUAUACUGUAUAACAGUAUGGAACGAAUUGAUUAACUGAAAAACGUUGCAUAGUUUACCUUUAGUGAAUUAUGAUGAUUGAGGACCGUUGAAUGAUGAUGAAAUGUUUCGGGUGUGUGAUAGGUUAAAGGGCUGUAACACUUUGGUUUGAAAGAGGAUCAGUAUUCUUCGUUAGAUUCUAUUAGAUUAAAUGAAAUUAGAUGAGAUUCAACUUCAUCGCUAAAUGUUCGUUUAUUGUGCAAAGUACAAGUACAGAGACAACGACAUGCAGUUUGUGUCUAGCCAGAAGUGCCAUAAGAGCAGAAAAGUGCCUUGUGAUACAGGUGGUGCAUUGUAGCGAUGUGACCUGUGACAAUGUAAUGUGACGACUAUUCCUCUGCUCAGCUACGUGCCUCUACAGCAUAGACAGCACGCUAAACACGGGUCCACUAAGUGCUUUGUUUGAGAUGUUUACUUGGAAACCACAUUUGUAAAACUCAGACAUACAAAAAUAAAGAAAGUUUCAAUUAAUAA